UUUCCUAUUCAGUCGAUUUGUCAGAUUGACGAAUACCAAUCCAAAUAAUAUUAAUGUCAACAUUAUCUCCACGGAUAACACGUGGUCGGUGAUUUACCCGUUGCGUCUCUGUCUUUGACAAUAAUUGCAUAUUUUAAUUAUUGAGUUAUCAAAGGUACGCAUUAAUCACCGCUGAUUGAAAGAAGCUACUCCCAAAGUGCUAUGGUUACAAGUAAAAUCUUCAAUGAUGAACUUUCUGUUUUUGCUUUGAUUUAUCAAGGAAGGAAGCGCAAUGAAUUUCAAAUGACAAUUCCCCCGCUGUCGGUGUCGUAGUAGCUACGAAAAUCCGGAAUACGUGAACUGAACCUCGGCUGUCACCCUGAUCCACGUGACGCGUACAGUCAGUGUCAAAAAAAUGACGUACAACUAUUUACAAAUACACGAAUGCGGUUGAAAUGUCAAUAAACUGGGCGGCAGCUAUCAGUCGCAUUUGGGCAGGGCCCACCGUGGGCUCGUUAAAUGUGUGAAGACGCGUUAAACAAUAAUUGAAAUUACGACUUAUCGAAUCACGAUGACAUCCCCGAAAAAAGCAAAAAUAGAAUACAACGAUCUUCCUUUAGACUUGAGCGUAAAAAAAACUCCGGAAAUCAUUAAAAUCGAAAACGAAAAUGAACUUCUGAUAAAACGUGACACUAAUAAUCUACAGACAUCUGAAAAACUCAUAGCUGAGGAUAAUUUAAGCCUUGAUGAUAGCGGGAUUUUCAUUAUCCCAGCUGUUCCACCCCUACCCAUGAACAUCUCAGAAAAAUUACUCUCGCUUGAAUGGGAGCUCACAGAAAAACUCAAGUGCAUACAGUUCCAAUUACCCGUUGAGUAUGUUUACAACCCCAUAGAAUAUGCAUUUGAUGUUCACGCAAGGUACGUACGAAAGUACUGCCAGACAGUGAAAAAGAUAUUGUUCCUCGGUAUGAAUCCUGGCCCUUGGGGUAUGAGUCAGACAGGCAUCCCCUUUGGUGAAGUUAAUAUGGUCAGGGAUUGGCUGGAUCUUACGGGGAUUGUUGAAAAACCAUUUAGAGAACAGCCAGACAGAAAAGUUACGGGUUUUGCAUGUACGAGGAGUGAAAUUAGUGGGCGAAGAUUUUGGGAGCUUUUUAGGGACCUAUGCGGAGUACCAGAAAAUUUCUUCAAGUAUUCGUAUCUGCAAAACUACUGUCCUAUUGCCCUGAUGGAUGCUAAGGGACGGAAUAUUACACCUACUGAACUAAAGGGUUUGGAACAGAAGACCUUACACUACAUAUGUGAUGAAGCUCUUGUCGCAACAAUAAAACUCUUGAGAGUUGAUAUCGUCGUUGGUGUUGGUAGAUUUGCUGAGAAAAGAGCACAGACUGUAGUGAAAACUGCUGGACUCUCUACACAGAUAUUGUGCAUUCCACAUCCUAGUCCUCGAUCUCUGGGAAAUGAAAACUGGAGUGAAAAGGCUGCGCAAAGAUUACAAGAACUAAAUUUAUUGAGGUAUUUCACAAAGUGAAUGCUGUUCUAUGUGAAUGAUGACUGUAUAA